CCAAGGCGCCGUGGGCGGCGUCGGAGACGGACGGUCGCGAUGAUGCGAACCGACGCGACGGUUCAUAUCCUCGAGACGACGAGCCGCCGCUCGUCGGGAAGCUCGCGGGGACGAGCUGGGGCGCGCACUACGCGCGACAGCGCGCGAGUCAUGUCGGGAAGAAACCGAAGCCGACGGCGAUGGCGAUGUCGGCGGCGGCGACCGCGACCGCGACCGGCGGCGCGGCGCCUUCGUUUAAAGCCGCGGCGAGCGCGGUGGCGAGCGCGAAGCGGAUGUCUUCGCUGCCGUGGGCGACGAAAUCGAAAUCGAAAUCGAAGGAUGCCGCCGCCGUCGCCGCGACGACGACGACGACGGCGCCGGCGCGACGGCCGCCGGCGGAGCGACCGCGUCGCGCGGUGGAGACGCUCCCGCUCGAGGAACGCGACUGAGGGGCGUUCUACACGACACUGGUCCCCAUACGAUCCCGUUCGCAUGCGGCGGGGAACGCCGUUUCUUGAGGACCUUCCGUCCCGAGGGGCGUCCUAUAAGAUACGCGGUAUCAGGCGUUAGGUAUUGAUAGCUAGUUCUGUGGUGGUGAUACGAUAGCAGAUCGGCCG